CUCCCUCCUCCCGCGAGCCAGGGGGUUCCUCAGCUGGCUCGGUGCGAGUCAGUGUCAUUCAGAGAGGCGGACUGCCGAGUGCUGGGCGCCGACGCGCGGUUGCAGUCCUGCUCGGGCGCCGGUGCCUGCGCUCGCGCCGCCGGGUGGGAAGGAUGAAGCCUCAGCUGGAGCAGCCACCCUAUGAUUGGCUGUGGCGCUUGUGAACCCGAAGUAAAGAUGGCGGGCGGGCAGGCAGCCGCCGCACUGCCCACUUGGAAGAUGGCGGCGCGCCGCAGCCUCAGUGCCCGCGGCCGGGGGGUCCUGCAGGCAGCAGCGGGCCGGCUGCUGCCGCUGCUACUGCUGAGCUGCUGCUGCGGCGCGGGGCGCUGCGCCGCGGCCGGCGAGAACGAGGAGACUGUGAUCAUCGGGCUGCGGCUGGAGGACACGAACGACGUGUCGUUCAUGGAAGGGGGUGCGCUGCGGGUGAGCGAGCGGACCCGGGUCAAGCUGCGGGUUUACGGGCAGAACAUCAACAACGAGACGUGGUCCCGCAUCGCCUUCACUGAGCACGAGCGGCGCCGGCACACACCCGGCGAGCGCGGGCUGGGGGGCCCCGCGCCUCCGGAGCCGGACAGCGGCCCCCAGCGCUGCGGCAUCCGCACCUCAGACAUCAUCAUCUUGCCCCACAUCAUUCUCAACCGCCGCACGUCGGGCAUCAUCGAGAUUGAGAUCAAACCGCUGCGCAAGAUGGAGAAGAGCAAGUCUUAUUACCUGUGCACGUCUCUCUCCACGCCCGCACUUGGCGCCGGCAGCUCCGGGGCUGCGAGUGGCGCCGUCGGGGGCAAGGGUGGCGCGGGGGUGGCCGGACUCCCGCCUCCCCCAUGGGCCGAGACCACCUGGAUCUACCACGACGGCGAGGACACCAAGAUGAUCGUGGGCGAGGAGAAGAAGUUCCUGCUGCCCUUCUGGCUGCAAGUGAUCUUCAUCUCGCUGCUGCUGUGCCUGUCAGGCAUGUUCAGCGGCCUCAACCUGGGGCUCAUGGCUCUGGACCCCAUGGAGCUGCGCAUCGUGCAAAACUGCGGCACCGAGAAAGAGAAGAAUUACGCCAAGCGCAUCGAACCGGUGCGCAGGCAGGGCAACUACCUGCUGUGCUCGCUGCUGCUGGGCAACGUGCUGGUCAACACCACGCUCACCAUCCUGCUCGACGACAUCGCGGGCUCAGGCCUUGUGGCAGUGGUGGUCUCCACCAUUGGCAUCGUCAUCUUCGGGGAGAUCGUGCCCCAAGCCAUCUGCUCCCGACACGGCCUGGCGGUAGGGGCCAACACCAUCUUCCUCACCAAGUUUUUCAUGAUGAUGACCUUCCCUGCUUCUUACCCGGUCAGCAAACUGCUGGACUGCGUCCUGGGCCAGGAGAUAGGCACUGUCUAUAACCGGGAAAAACUGCUGGAGAUGCUCCGGGUCACUGACCCCUAUAACGACCUCGUUAAGGAGGAGCUGAACAUCAUCCAAGGCGCGCUGGAGCUCCGCACCAAGACGGUAGAGGACGUGAUGACUCCCCUCCGGGACUGCUUCAUGAUCACCGGCGAGGCUAUCCUGGACUUCAACACCAUGUCCGAAAUCAUGGAGAGCGGCUACACGCGCAUCCCAGUGUUCGAGGGAGAGCGGUCCAACAUCGUGGACCUGCUCUUUGUCAAAGACUUGGCCUUCGUGGACCCAGAUGACUGCACUCCCUUGAAAACCAUCACCAAAUUUUACAACCACCCCUUGCACUUUGUUUUCAAUGACACCAAGUUGGACGCUAUGCUGGAAGAAUUUAAGAAAGGUAAAUCUCACCUGGCCAUUGUGCAGCGAGUGAACAACGAAGGGGAAGGGGAUCCAUUUUAUGAAGUUCUAGGAAUUGUCACCUUGGAAGACGUGAUUGAAGAAAUCAUCAAAUCUGAAAUCUUGGAUGAGACAGACCUGUACACUGACAACAGAACAAAGAAGAAAGUGGCCCACCGUGAAAGAAAGCAAGAUUUCUCUGCCUUUAAGCAGACGGACAGCGAGAUGAAGGUUAAAAUAUCACCACAGCUUCUCCUGGCCAUGCACCGUUUCCUAGCAACAGAAGUAGAAGCAUUUAGCCCAUCCCAGAUGUCAGAGAAGAUCCUCCUAAGGCUGCUAAAGCAUCCCAAUGUCAUCCAGGAGCUGAAGUAUGAUGAGAAGAACAAGAAAGCCCCUGAGUGCUACCUCUACCAGCGAAACAAACCUGUAGACUACUUCGUUCUCAUUCUGCAGGGGAAGGUGGAAGUAGAAGCCGGGAAAGAAGGCAUGAAGUUUGAAGCCAGCGCCUUCUCAUACUAUGGUGUGAUGGCCCUCACGGCCUCUCCAGUUCCUUUGUCCCUGUCUCGUACCUUUGUUGUCAGCAGGACAGAGGUGUUAGCGGCAGGCUCUCCAGGUGAAAACAAGUCACCUCCUCGCCCCUGUGGCCUGAACCACUCAGACUCUCUCAGUCGAAGUGACCGGAUUGACGCCAUGACGCCGACCUUGGGCAGCAGCAACAACCAGCUCAGCUCCUCCUUCCUGCAGGUCUACAUCCCGGACUACUCAGUGCGAGCCCUCUCUGACCUGCAGUUUGUCAAGAUCUCCAGACAGCAGUACCAAAAUGCCUUGAUGGCGUCCCGGAUGGACAAAACCCCUCAGUCUUCAGACAGUGAAAACACUAAAAUUGAAUUGACUCUCACGGAGCUGCAUGACGGGUUGCCGGACGAGACGGCCAACUUGCUCAAUGAACAGAACUGUGUGUCACACAACAAGGCCAACCACAGCCUGCACAGUGAAGGCACCAUCUAGGGCCCUCGGGACCUCCUUGUUGGGCCUCCUGGCCUGUCUGACCAUGACUCCCACUAGUGUGAGCUUGUCUGCCAUGCUGCGACCUACAGCAUUGAGACCAAAGACUCUGCCCCUUUCCCCGGAGGCUGCAGAGGACGGCAUGGGAGGGCUGGAAGCUAGCUAGACACGGGACAUCGACAGCUGGGGCAUGGCUUUCAAGAAUUCGGAGACAAACUUCUUCCGCCCAAAUAGAAUCAUGUUUAUUUUUUCAGUACCUUUUAUCAUUUCUUUCCUCCCUCAAUUUGCAUGAAUUUAAAAAUUGUUUCAUUUAUUUUUUUCAAGAGAUCAUGUUUUUGUUUUUAAGUGUCUUUUGCAGAGUUUUAAGUUGGUCUGUCUGAGCUAACUCUGCUGUGAUCCCAUGAUGUGACCCUAUCAGGCUGGACUUGCCCCUUGAGUGGCCUUCUUUGGCCGUCCCCAGGAAGGCUGUCUUUCCUCUGUGUGCCGGUGGGUGUCGCUGUCGAACUUGACGGAUGAAUGAAGAAAACCAUGUCACUGAGGAACGUGCCAAGUCUGUUGUCACUGUGGGUGGCAGACGCCCCUCUGCACAGUGUUGUUUGGAAAAUGUCUAACUGUGUCCCUCUCCCUCAGGAAGGGUUAGCGUUUGCUUGGGAAUGUGAUUUCGCUCCCACCCUAAGGAAUUUUUAUCACCAAAAUGAAUGUUAAUGAAUUUUAAACCCAUGGUUUAUCAUUGGCAAGAGGCAAGUUGACUUCACCCACAUUCCUGUAACCUGGGGUGACCUGGGGCAUCAGCUGAGCCACCCCAAACCUUCUCAACUCCCACUCUUGCUAACCCGAGCUGCUGCUCCAGGUGCCAAGUGGGGUGUCUUCUGAGCACGUGGUGUGGCAGCUCCGUGAGUGCCUCCUUCCCACUGGGAUUCGUGAAUUACCAGAAUGAGGCAGGGGAGGGUGGGGUGGGCUAUGCACUUGGGCAUUUCUGAACCCAUGCUUUUAAUGGAAGGACAAGGGAUUGCCUGUCCCGCCCCCUCCCAUCUUGUCCCUGGCUGUGGGCCCAGAAGUGGCAGUGGCCCUGCUCAAGGUGCAUCUUGCUUCAGCUGUGACCAGUGCCAGAGAGGGCUGCUCAUAUAUCCAGUCAGUUUGACCCCAAACGGAUUCAGAAACCAAAUGUGUGUUGUGACCAUUUCA